AUGUCGUCGAUAAUUCAGAAGUGUAGUGAUGAUAAUAUUCCUUUGGCUGACGAUGAUCCCCAAGUUAUAAUCACUGAUGACGUCGAAAAUAAUCAUCUAGAUCAUGGUCGAUCCAUGGACUCCUUACCAAGUUCCUACACAGGAGGUUCUUCCAGCCCUGGCUUGAACGGUCCUCCCAGUUUCGAACCUGACUCUGGUAUUGAUGAACAGGAAGAAAAGGCACGUUUGAUAUCGCAAGUCCUAGAACUGCAAAACACUUUAGAUGAUUUGUCACAAAGAGUGGAUUCGGUGAAAGAAGAAAAUUUAAAGCUUCGAUCAGAAAAUCAAGUUCUAGGACAGUACAUAGAAAAUCUUAUGUCUGCAUCUUCUGUGUUCCAGUCUACCACCCCAAAUAUUCACAAGAAGUGA